ACAGUAUCCACGCAUACAACAGUAGAGCGCGCUGCAAUCGCGUGACAGAGUGUCCGCGUGUUGCCACAUCACCAUCGUUUAAAUGAACAUUUGAGCAAUGUGCUAGCCAGCGUAGAUCGCGCUCGUGCCACUAAGCCAAAUCGCCAAAUUUACUCCAAUUUACUCCGAAAUACACAGUGAUCUCGAGUGCAUCGACGAUUUCUUUCCUUCAAGAUGUCAACUUAUUACUAAGUUCUUCACCAGGAUCUCGACUAUUAAAGUACGACGAAGGCGUACAAUUUGAAACGGAUCGGUCCUGUGGCUGUGACUGAUAACCUGAUAAUUUUCUUGACUUUCGGUUAAAUCUUUCUCAACGCACCAUGAGCACACCGCAGGUAGUCUCCCGUAAAAUUGGGAUAGUUAAGCAGAUUGUAUCUGGAGAUACGAUUACAAUCCGAGAUCAACCCAAGGAUGGACCUCCUCCUGAAAAAACAAUCUGCCUUUCCAACAUUAUUGCUCCCAAACUAGCCCGAAGAACAAUAGGAAACUCAGACGAGACGAAAGACGAACCCUAUGCCUGGGAAGCUCGAGAAUUUCUUCGCAAGAAACUAAUUGGAGAAAUCGUGACUUUCGUUGAAGAGAAGACCAUAAAUAACAGAACUUACGGCAACGUCUGGCUAGGAAAAGACACAAGUGGACCAAGUGUAGCAGAACAACUUGUAGCCGAAGGUCUGGUAUCCGUGAAAUCAGAUACUCGCAACGUUACUCCAGAGCUACAGCGGUUGCAAGAUUUGGAAAAUGCAGCCAAAUCUGUUGAAAAAGGAAAAUGGUCGAGUGAACCGCUGUCUGCUCAUAUACGCGACAUCAAAUGGACCAUUGAAAGUCCGCGAGGAUUAGUAGAUAGGCUGGGAGGAAAACCUGUAAAAGCUGUCAUCGAACAUGUGCGAGAUGGUUCGACCGUUAGGGCCUUUCUCCUGCCUGACUUUUACUACGUCACUCUCGACAUGGCUGGAAUUCGUUGCCCUAAACUCGAAGCUGAGAGUGAAGAAAAAUCUCUUGCAAAGGAAGCUCAGUUCUACGUUGAAUCCAAACUUUUGCAGAGAACUGUUGACAUAAUACUCUACUCGAUUAACAGUAACAACUUUGUUGGAAGAAUUAUUCAUCCAAGGGGAGACAUUGCGGAAUUGCUCUUGAACUCUGGAUUCGCGGAAUGCGUAAGUUGGUCUAUGAACAACCAAAUGAAAGCGGACGUGUUGAAACAGUAUCAGAGUGCCGAGAAAUCCGCCAAGGAUAAACAAUUAAGAAGGUGGAGAAACUACAAGCCCCCAACCGCCAGUCUAGAAGUAUCAGAAUUCAGUGGCAUUGUCACUGAAAUUGCCAAUGCCGAUGCGAUUAUCGUGAAAUCCCAAUCAGGAGAUAUUAAGAAAGUCUUUCUGAGCAGUAUUAGGCCACCAAGGGACAAGAAAUUCCAAGGCGAGGAGUGCAAAACAUUGAAACCGAAAGAUUUUCGACCUCUCUACGAUAUCCCUUGGAUGUUUGAAGCUCGAGAGUUUUUGCGUAAAAAACUCAUUGGAAAAUUGGUGAAAGUUUCUAUUGAUUACAUUCAACCAGCGAAGGAUAACUACCCUGAGAAGACUUGCUGCACGAUCACCAUCGGGAAAGUGAACAUUGCUGAAAUGAUGGUAUCCAAGGGACUCGCUACAGUUGUUAAAUAUAGACAAAAUGACGACCAGCGUUCCAUUCACUAUAGCGAGCUUUUAGCCGCCGAAAGCAAAGCAGAAAAAUCUCAAUACGGCCUCCAUGCAAAGAAGGAUGUUCCCUUGCAGAGAAUACGAGACGUUUCUAACGAUCCUGCAGCGGCAAAAUCUCAUUUGCAGUCGCUGAAGCGAGCCCGUGAAAUUAAAGGCGUGGUGGAAUUCGUCACCAGCGGCUCGCGCGUCAAACUUUUUGUACCUAAAGAAUACUGCCUCAUCACAUUUUUAUUAGCUGGUGUGAAAGCUCCACGUGCACCACGUAUCACUCCAGGAGCAGGAAGCGGAGAAGGUGAACCCUACGGAGAAGAAGCUCUGAACUUCACUAGAGAACAUUGUCUGCAAAAGGACGUAGACAUUCAGGUCGAGAACAUGGAGUCCAAGGGAAGUGGAUUUAUUGGUUGGUUGUUCGUCGACGGUGUCAAUAUAUCUGUGGCGCUUGUCGAAGAGGGCCUGGCUGUUGUUUCCAGCUUCUUGGAACAAGGUGAACACUAUAAGGCUCUGAAAGCUGCUGAAGAAAGGGCCAAGGCUAAGAAACUGAAUAUUUGGAAAGAUCGGGUCGAAAUAGAGGUCGAAGCUGAGAAAGUAGAGGAAGACAAACAAGUAGUAGAAAGGAAGAUCAAUUACCAGGAGGUAGUUGUUUCAGAAACCACUGAGGAACUUCACUUCUAUGCUCAAGCUGUAGAUCAACGUAACACGUUCGAGGGCCUGAUUUCUCGAUUGCGCCAGGAACUCGCAGAAAAUCCUCCUCUUCCUGGAGCCUACAACCCUAGACGAGGAGAUCUGGCUGCUGCAAAAUUCACCGAGGACGAUCAGUGGUACCGCGUUAAAAUAGAAAAGGUCUCUGGUCCCAACGUCAAUGUAUUCUAUAUCGAUUAUGGAAACAGAGAGACAUUAAACGUAACGAGAGUAGCUGCGCUACCCCCUGGAUUUGGAAACGACAAACCUUUCGCUUCCGAAUACAUUCUUGCGUGUGUUAAACUUCCGCAAGAUCACGACUACAAGAAAAUGGCAAUCGAGGCCUUCCGAGAAGAUGUAGUGACGGGGAAAACCUUGCUCUUGAACGUAGAAUAUAAGGUGAACAAUAUUCCAGUAGCCACAUUGAUGGACUCUGUAACUAAUGCAGAUAUUGGAAAAGGGCUCAUCUCAUAUGGAUAUCUUCUUGUUGAGAAGACUCGAGACAAGAGGCUCAAACAAUUGAUGGUUGACUAUAAAGCAGCUGAAGAUGAAGCAAAAAAGAGUCGCUCCAACAUUUGGGAGUACGGAGAUAUUACUGAAGACGACGCUAAAGAGUUUGGUGUCGGUCGUUAAAUGCAUUUUUAAAAUGUGGGUUUACAUUGUCAGACUAUAUUGCUUGAAUCAACAAGCUGAAUGCUCUAAUUAUAGCAUUUUGCGUGCGUUAAUGUGCAAAUAACAAAGAAAAAUUUGUUAAAACUUAUCUGAGACCAUUUUACAAUGAAGGGCAUAAUAUAGAGAGCAUAAUAAGUAAGUCAAUGUGCAUAGCGCGACAUAAAAAAUGUUAGACAUCUUGUCUAUUAAAUUCGAAUUUUACACGGGAUUUAGAGAGAAUUUUGUUUCAAAUACGAUUUUAUAUCUCCUGAGCCAUAUAGGCGUGGAUGAGACUUUUAGCAUGCUAAUUCUAAUUUUCUGAAUUGGAUUAAAAAUUAGGAAAAUUCACAUUUUCCGCUGGAAUGUUCAGGAACAGUUUAUUUUGCAAAUACUCCGAGUUUUUUUUUGUGGUCACAAUUGAAAUCAAUUGUGUUAUGGUAUUUGAAUUGUUAGAAUAGAAUUUAAAUUAAUUACGUGAAGCUGAAAAUUGUGUUCAGAAGACAGUAUAAUAAAAUUAGGUCCUGCUGUUACUUCGAUAAAGUAGCGGAAGAUUGAAAAGAUAUAUCUGUUUAUUAUCCUCAUAAAUGUGACUCGAUGGUUGAUCUUGUAUGCAUAAUCUCUAAAGCGAUCACGUUAUCCGGGGAUUAUGUGCCAAAAUAGAAUGUAUUAUAUUUUUCGGAAAGGUUUAUUACAUAUUAAUAUUGACACAAAGUAAUGAUGUAUAAUUCAUUAUUUAUCAAUCAACGCAUUUUAUGAGUUAUACUAUUAAACGCUGAAUUCAAGCAUCACUCGGAAAAGAAGCAAAACAUUAUAUUUUGCACUUAACAUUCGUUUUCAUGAAAUCAUGUAUUUGAAUUUGAAUAAAAUCAAUUUUGGACACAGAGACGUUCGCGGGAAUAAUUGUGUUCAGUGGUAAGGAAUGAGUUAUUUAUUCUAAAUAUACAACUUGCGUGGAAUACUGGCUUAAUCUCUGUAAUGUUUUCUUUUAUUGUAAAAAUACACUACUAUAUUUUUCACAA